AUGGGCCCAAUUACUGCUGGAGAGUCUCCCCCACGUUUGACUACGGAAGCGGAUGAGAGUGACAAUGGACUACUCCGCCCUGUGAACGAAGUGAACACUAUUCAAUCAAGACUCAUCGACAACUCGACAGAGGUCGUAGAAGACGAGGGCUCGUCUCUUGCCGAGCUCCCUCAUGAACAGCAACGAGAACAGAGACAUGUCGUAGCUGGAUCCAUUGCAGACUGGCGGAUUUGCCAGGAGAUUUCUGUCUUGCACCCAGAAGUAUUACAGGUGAACAGCGAUCAUCAGGAAGUAAAGGUUUCCACUGCCAGUGGAGUGAGAGAUUCCAGUGAAAUCCAUGGACGCGAUCUGACAGCCCACGAGAUCUCUGAGGACGGUGGUAAGAAACCAGAGUUGACCAUUUCCGCGUUGACGCUUGCCGACGAGGACGAAACGUCCUCGGAUUUAACUCCAUUGUUGUCCGAGGGGCGAAAAUCCGAGUCCAUGGCUUUUGAUACCACAGAGGUCAACCUGGGCGGCUAUGAGGGCGAGGAGACCGGAUUCAUGGAUCAUUGCCACACGGAGCGAGACUCAGCAGGACCCUUGGACCAGACCAAGGCCAAACGGAGACUGAUUGCGGCCUUCAUCUUGGGCCUUUUGUUCACUACCUUCGAAUUGACUGGAGGCUACUUCUCCGGGUCGUUGUCCAUAUGGAGUGAUGGCGUGCAUGUGCUGACAGAUGCCCUGAACUAUUUAUGCAACUGGUAUGGUCUUCGAAUGGCCGAGACUCCAAGCAGCAAGGCCUACAACUUCGGACGGAAGCGGGCCAGCCCUUUGGCGGCCUUCACCUCCAUUAUUCUCCUUUACUUCGCUACGGGGAGCAUCAUGUUUCUGGCAGUGAAGCGGCUAAUCCAGGGGGACUACGAGAUUCAGUCCCAGUACAUGCUGAUCUUGGCCGGAUCAGCCGUGCUUUUCAACUUAUUCGUUGUGUUCUUCCUCCGAGGUGUGCCCACCAGCCACGGCCAUUCCCACGAUAUCUCGUCCAUGUUCGGGCAUUCCCACCUUGACGACCCGCACGCGAGUCCGAAUCCGGGGCGAAAUAUCAACGUUCAAGCUGCUCUCAUGCACGUCUUGGGCGACUUAUUCCAAUCGGCUGGAGUGCUCAUAUCAGCUGUGAUCAUUUUUUUCUUUCCGUCCGCCAAGUACCUGGACCCAAUCUGUUCGUUUGUCUUCGGCAUUGUUGUCAUGAUCACUUCCAAGGGGGUCAUCACGAAAACAGUUCACAUUCUUCUGGAAGCUCGACCCACGCGGGUUUCAUAUGAAGACCUUUACCGGGAUCUCAUGGACAUUUCUGAAGUAGUGACCGUGCAUAACCUCAAGAUUUGGGGGCUGGACGAGGACACCAUGGCCUUGGUUUGCCAUCUAGCCGUGGAGGAUCCGGAGCGCUCGGAGAUGGUGCUUCAGCGAGCCACGAAGAUUUGCAAAUGCAAACACGAUAUUGAACAACUAACCAUCCAAGUCGAGAGAUAUCGGCCAGAAGUUAUGAAUACGUGUCGCGAAUGUCAGCCCAUGGAUGAUUGA